AUGGCUGCGGAACUUACAUCUACCCGGCUCAAUGCGGAGAACCAUCUGCUCUUGGACCAGCCUCUCCUACGGUUACCACAUGAGCUUGCACGUCGAAAUUUCAAAUCUGUUCAGCGCCUCGUGGAGCGUGAAAAGGAAUAUGUCAUCCCCGCACUCAAGGAGACCGCCAAUGCAUCCUUAUCAAAUGAGCAAACGCCUGACCAAGCUCUUGCUGCACUCGACGCUAUGAUUUCCCGCAUGCAAGGCUUGAAACGGAAAAUGGAGAAUUUACAUCAGGAGGAAAGAAAAAUUCAAGAGCAGUCCCGGAAGCGUAUCCAGCACCUGGAGAAACUUCACCAGAUUCCUAGCUUGGCAGACGUCCAAUAUGAUCAGUGGGCGAGGGUUCGAUUGGACAGGCUCAUGGUAGAUCAUAUGUUACGCUCCGGGUAUAUUAAAAGUGCCCAGCAAUUAGCCCGUGAGAAGGGGAUCGAGGAACUUGUAGAUCUCAACGUUUUCGUACAGUGUCAACGGAUUGCCGAGAGCCUACGCGCUGGUGAAACUAAAGAUGCCCUGCAAUGGUGUGGCGAGAAUAAAGCAGCGCUGAAGAAGAGUCAGUAUAAUCUGGAGUUCGAACUCCGAUUGCAGCAAUACAUUGAAAUGGUCAGAACGGGGCAUAAAGAGAGAUUCAACGACGCUAUGAUUCACGCCAAAAGAUAUCUGGCGCCUUACCUUGAGACACAGUCGGUAGAGAUUCAUCGAGCUGCAGGACUUUUGGCUUUUCCUCCAGACACCAAAGCUGAGCCGUACAAGUCGAUGUAUGCUCAUGCAAGAUGGGCUUAUCUUUCCGAUCUCUUUGUCCGCACUCACCAUGAGCUCUUGUCAUUAUCUUCUCGCCCUUUGUUACACAUCGCUCUGUCUGCGGGAUUGUCGGCUCUCAAGACUCCUUCGUGCCAUUCGGCCUAUACCUCCUCCAGUUCGAACUCGCUGUCCACAACAACAUCUGUUUGUCCAAUUUGUUCGACCGAGCUUAACGAGCUCGCACGUAACAUGCCAUAUGCUCACCACACAAAGAGCUACGUUGAAAGCGACCCGAUUGUGCUUCCAAAUGGCAGGAUUUACGGUCAGCAACGGCUCUUAGAGAUGAGCAAGAAAGUUGGAUGUGUUGAGGCAGGUAAAGUAAAGGACCCUACGACCGGUGAAGUAUUCAAUGAGGGUGAUAUGAAGAAAGUCUACAUCAUGUAAACAAGGAAUGUGUACCAAGGCUAUGUACAGCUGCAACUGGCCCUGCUCCUUAUUUCAAUCUUCUGGGUUGAAACGGACAGUGGAAUGUGUAUCUGCAACGAGUAA